AAACUAUUAUUUCAAUUGUAGAUUCUCUCGAUUUCGGCCUUCUUUUUACUUGUUGAAGCUUCCUUUCACCUCCAAAAUCCUCAGUCCUCUCGCCUUCAGAUCCGUCUCUCAUUUCCGAAGAUUUGGGCAUGGCAACUGUUAGAAAUCUGAAAAUCAAGACAUCAAGUUGCAAACGAAUUGUCAAAGAGCUGCACUCUUAUGAGAAAGAGGUCGAUAGAGAAGCUGCAAAAACAGCUGACAUGAAAGAGAAAGGAGCUGAUCCUUACGACCUCAAGCAACAGGAAAAUGUUCUGGCUGAAUCAAGGAUGAUGAUCCCCGAUUGCCGCAAGCGGCUAGAGGCUUCACUAGCUGACCUUAAAGGGACUUUGGCUGAACUGGAGGAAGGAAACGAGAAGGAAGGUCCAGAUUUCGAAGAUGCUCGUAGCACCAUAACAGAAGUUGAGAUGUUGUUUCAGACAACAGAGGCUUAGUGGAAGCUUCUUUAAACAGCUGUUAAUCGAGAUAUUCGAGGUAUGGUUGUAAGUUUGUACUUAUUCUAUUGUUAGCCAUAAGUGGGUCGAAUGAAAUGCAGCUAAGAUGACUUUCG